GUGUUUACCGGGUAGUUUGCUUCGUGACGUUCUUUGGUGUGUGUUUACGAGACGAAGUGAUACGGCUCGUAGAAUGGGUGUCACCGUGUUGCAGCAGUUUCCGAUGAUCGAGAAUCGCACCGGGCCGCAGACGAUCGAGUUCCUCACGAAGAGAGUCGUCGCCUUGGGAGCAGUGCAGACAGGACAAUUUCUGGUGGAUUGCGAGACAUACAUGUCGGCGCCGCUGCUUGGUCCUCAAAGAACCGUACAUGUGCUGCACAAUUCGGAGCAACCAGCCUCGGUGUUCGCCAUCCUCGAGUCGGGCAGCAAAGUGGUGCCAUUGAUAGCAGACGGUCUUUUCGAUUUAUUGAUGUUAAAAAUGACGAACAUUUACACGAGUAAAAAGCAAACGAGAAUCGAGUCGAAGGGACCGCGGUUCGAGAUCGGUGACUUCUGCGUGAAAUUGGGUAGCGUGACGAUAGGCCAGAAUUUCAAAGGCGUCCUUGUGGAGGUCGAGUAUAGACCAUGUCUCGUGCCGGCGAAUUCCUGGGAUCUCAUGCGUGAAUUUCUACAAGGAUUCCUUGGCUCGGCCGUAUCGAAUCAGGCACCCCAAUAUCUCCAGAACCGGAUGAACGAAAUAUAUCAGCCGAUGGACACAAUACACCAAUAUCUGGAACACUUCGGUCAGUACAGGAAAGCCACGGGAGUGAUUUAAGGAGAACCAUCGCGAUGACGUCAAACUGUAUUAUUUAUUUUAUUACGACUUUAAUGGCACGAUUCGAUUUUGUUCCUAUAAAACCACCAAUGUUUAAUAUUUUUUAUUAUAAUCGAUCUGUAACAAAAUUGCCACUUUCUAUUUAUUAUUUGUUUUUCGUAUACAUACUUCAAUAUCGAAGAGAUUCAUAUACGAUAAAUCUUAUCCAAAAAUGUUUGAAUCUGUAAUAUCAGAAUAAUAUGUCGUCAUAGUUUCAAAGGUUCUUAACAUUUUUCCGCAAUUCUUAUUAGAUUUGUAGUUUUUAUGUAUAUUGUCACAACCCAGACAGCAUGAUGAUCUCAUAUAAUACUCCUAAAGAGUUCCAAAAAUUUUUCUGAGUUGAUAAAUUUAGAUCAGAAGGUGAUUAGAACGUGCUCAUAAUGUAUUCGGAUGCGUCGACUUCUGAGCUCAUUUUGAUUUCAUCAUAAAGAGUUUUUUAUGCAUAUAACCUAGUAAUCGAGAAAUUAUUGAAAGUUCAGAAAUAGGAUU